AUGGCGCCCUCAGUGGCACCUCUCCUCCGGAGAGGCACUGUCUGCCGCAGCUGCGUCUUCGCAUUCGCCAAGGGCGUGUCACCCAUUCAGCGUAGGAAUAUCUCAACUGGCUGGCUGAGGAAGACGGAGGACGCAAAGGUGGAUUGGGAUAAGCGUGCAGAAGAGGUCAAGGCUGGGACGCGGCCCAACUUCUGGGACAUGCUGGAGGAACGGGGUUACGUCAAGGACACGGCGGGGUCGAGGGAGACGAUUCGCGAACUUAUGAGGCUCAAACGGACAGCCGCCUACGUCGGUAUCGACCCCUCGGCGAGCUCGCUCCACGUCGGCCAUCUCCUCCCUCUCAUGCCGCUUUUCUGGAUGUACAUGCACGGAUAUGGUGCCUACACCCUCCUCGGCGGGUCGACGGUUAAGAUUGGGGACCCUACGGAUCGGUUGAAAGAUCGAAAGCCCCUCGAGAAGUCCGAGCUGGCCAUGAACCUCACCAAGGUGCACUUUCAGACCAAGAAGCUGUGGGUCAAUGUCGAAUUGCAGGCUAGGAGACACGGGUACGAGAAGGAGUGGGCCUGGAAACGCGGCUUGGUAAAUAAUAACACGUGGUGGAACUCGGUCCCUUUGCUUGACGUCCUGAAGCGCGUGGGCGGGUCCCUACGGAUUGGGCCCAUGCUAUCCCGCGAUACUGUUAAGCGGAAGAUGACGGAAGGCGACGGCGUCUCCUUUGCCGAGUUUACGUACCCUAUUAUGCAGGGUUGGGAUUGGUGGACGCUCUUCCAGCAGCGGGGGGUGCAGAUGCAGAUUGGCGGCUCGGAUCAGUACGGCAACAUCGUAACCGGCAUCGAAAUUGUCAAGACCGCUCGGGACAACGAGACGGAUGCGGCCAAAAAGAUACCUGCCAACGGCCCGAUCGACGACCCGGUCGGUUUCACCGUCCCGCUCCUGACGGACUCGUCUGGUGUCAAGUUUGGGAAGACGGCUGGGAAUGCGGUAUGGCUGGAUCAGUUCAAGACGAGCAGCUUCGAUCUGUACGGCUACUUUGUUCGGCGGCCGGAUGCGGAUGUGGAGAAGCUCCUCAAGCUCUUCACCUUCCUGCCCCUCGACGUGAUUGAGGGGGUCAUGGCAGAACAGGUGGAGGACCCGUCCAAGCGUGUCGCCCAGCACUGCCUCGCCUACGAAGUGUUGACAUUGGUACACGGAGAAAAAGUCGCGAAGGAAACACAGGAAGAACACCGAAUGAUGUAUAGCAAGGGCGGCCCGAGAAUUCCGCUCGUGUCCAAGGCGUCGGAUGACGAGUCCCCAGACGAGCCGACGACCCUGAACAAUGCGCCACGGAUUGACAUAAAACUCCCCAGAAGCUUGAUCAUGGGCACGUCGAUCGGCCGCAUCCUGUUCGCCGCCGGUCUCGCCACGAGCGCCAAGGACGGCCACCGGCUUGCUCAGCAACAGGCCGCCUAUAUCGGCGGUUUGCCCGGCCGCCGCCCCGGCAAGGGCCAAGCCAUGGACCCGGAGCAGCUGACGUGGAACCCCGUCAAGCUCUGGUUCCCAGAGGAAACCAAUAAAUAUUUGAUCGACAACAAGCUCCUCAUCCUCCGCAAGGGCAAGCACAACGUACGAAUCAUCGAGAUGGUCAGCGACGAGGAAUACAAGGACUCGGACGAGCACUACGCAGGCCAGCCGUACACGGGCCGUUUCCGUUAUCUUCAAGAGUACAUAAGCGCGCUGAGGCGUGGGACUAAGUCGGCUAGCGAGGUGCGGGAG